GGAGUUUCAUAAUCAAUGCCGAAACUGGUUCCAGAAGGUCCUUGCUUGUUUUUCAAAGUUUGAAUCUACUCUUACUUUUCUUCUGUUGUGCGACUGCGAGGCAAUCAUCAUUCGACAAACCAUAUUCAAAAUUUCGAGAGAAGAAAACGGUUUGAACGUUGAAAAUCCACACCUUAGAGUUCAAGAGACCGGCAUUUAUUCCUUCUCCACUUCACCAACCCGAUUAUCAGCGAGUCAAGGACUUUUGUCUUCUUUUCUUCCAUUUUUCUUGCUCAUGAUUUGAUUAUUUUAUACCAAGCCAUGCUUCAUUCUCAUGCACGCAACCAAAUUCACAGACCCAGAAAGAAAUAACCAUGCUUUGCUCAAAACAACUGCUAUUUCUGCUCGUUGCUUGCUUCUUCUCAGCUAUUACAGCGCUUAGUAUUUCACCAGGUUCUACACUCUAUGCUUCUGACACUAAUCAAACAUGGCCAUCUCCCAGCAACGUUUUCUCUCUCCGCUUUCUUCCUUCUCAAACCCCACCUACUUCCCCUCCCUCCUUCAUUGCCGCCGUCGUCUUCUCCGGCGGCACACCCGUUGUUUGGUCCGCCGGUAACGGCGUCAUCGUGGACUCCCAUGGCUCGCUUCAGUUUUUAUCCUCUGGCGUUCUUCGCCUCGUUAACGGCUCCGGUGUCGCCGUUUGGGACUCCGGUACUUCCAAUUUGGGCGUCUCCUCUGCCUCCGUGAACGACGACGGAAACUUGAUUCUCUCUAAUCGGACCGGUGUCGUUUGGUCAAGCUUCGACUAUCCCACUGACACCAUCGUGCCGUCUCAGAAUUUCACAACCGGCAUGUUUUUGCGAUCUGGGGAGUAUUCAUUUACGGUUACUAGCUCAGGUAACCUCACACUUAGGUGGAAUGAUAGUGUACCAUACUGGGAUCGUGGUCUGAAUUCAUCUAUAAAUGUCAAUUUAACUUCGCCAGUUUUGGAAUUACAGUCGAUAGGGAUUUUGAGACUUUUCGAUCCGAAUUUGGUGACUCCUGUGGAUAUUGCUUAUAGCAGUGAUUAUGCUGAAGCGAAUGGCACUCUGAGAAUUCUGAAGUUGGACAGUGAUGGGAACUUGAGAAUGUACAGUUCUUCUAGAGGCAGUGGAAUUUCUACUGUUAGAUGGAUAGCUGUUGAAGAUCAAUGUAAGGUUUUUGGGUAUUGUGGGAACUAUGGUGUAUGUAGUUACAAGGAUUUAAGCCCAAUUUGUGGAUGCCCAUCUGAGAAUUUUGAGAUGAUUGAUCCUAAUGAUAGUAGAAAAGGGUGUAAGGGGAAAGUGAGGCUUGAGGAUUGUCCAGGCAGGGCUGCUAUGUUACAAUUGGACCAUGCUCUAGUCUUGACUUAUCCUCCUAUAUUCAUGGUUAACCCAGAGGUAUUUUUCGUUGGUAUAUCAGCUUGCAGGGGAAACUGUCUUGCAGCUGGUUCUUGUUUUGCUUCUACUUCAUUAUCAGAUGGCACAGGUCUGUGUUACAUAAAGACAUCUAGUUUCAUCAGCACCUACCACAAUCCAGAACUACCCAGCACUUCAUAUGUCAAGGUUUGUGGACCAGUGGCACCAAACCCACCACCGAGAUUGGAGGAAGCUGGGAAGGGAAAGGAUUGGGAAAUACAUGCUUGGAUAAUAUCGUUAGCUGUUCUGGGUACCCUUUUGGCUUUGAUUGUCUUUGAGGGUGGCUUGUUGUUGUGGUGCUGCAGACGCGGUUCCAGGUUUCGCGGAUUCUCUACUCAGUAUGCUCUUCUUGAGUACGCUUCUGGAGCACCAGUUCAGUUCUCAUACAAGGAGCUUCAGCGCUCAACAAAAGGGUUCAAAGAGAAGCUUGGUGAUGGUGGAUUUGGUGCUGUUUACAGAGGAAUUCUUGCUAACAGAACUGUUAUUGCAGUGAAACAACUUGAGGGCAUUGAGCAAGGUGAGAAACAGUUCAGAAUGGAGGUUGCUACUAUAAGCAGCACUCAUCAUCUGAACUUAGUGAGGCUGAUUGGGUUUUGUUCUGAAGGAAAGCAUAGGCUUUUGGUGUAUGAGUUCAUGAAAAAUGGGUCCCUUGACAAUUCUCUUUUUGUCAAUGAAUCUCAGUCUGAGAAAUUGCUGAAUUGGGAGUAUCGAUUCAGAAUUGCGCUGGGCACUGCAAGGGGAAUCACUUACCUUCAUGAGGAGUGCAGAAACUGCAUUGUCCACUGUGAUAUAAAACCUGAAAACAUUCUUUUAGAUGAGCAUUACAAUGCCAGAGUCUCAGAUUUUGGCCUUGCAAAACUCACAAGUGCCCCGGACCAUAGGAACCGAAGCUUGACAAGUGUAAGAGGAACUAGAGGAUAUUUAGCUCCGGAAUGGCUCGCAAAUCUUCCGGCAACUUCCAAAUCCGAUGUCUAUAGUUUUGGUAUGGUUUUGUUGGAGAUAGUGAGUGGAAGAAGGAAUUUUGAAAUCUCGGAAGGAACAAAGUGGAAAAAGUUUUCCAUCUGGGCUUAUGAAGAGUUCCAGAAAGGUAACAUGAAAGGAAUUCUGGACAAGAGACUGGUUAACCAUGAAGUUGAUAUGGAGGGAGUGAAAAGGGCCAUAAUGGUGAGCUUCUGGUGCAUCCAAGAACAGCCAUAUCAGAGGCCAAUAAUGAGCAAAGUGGUGCAGAUGCUAGAAGGAGUCACUCAGAUUGAGAUGCCACCAGCUCCAAAAUGUGUGACAGAAGGAUCUGUUAUUGCAAACCCCACUACAGCAGAAGAAGCUCCAUUGUUCGCCUCAUCUUCAUCAUCGCAAAUUGUAUAGGUUUCUCUGUUUUUGGUGGCCUCUGUCCCAUGUUCUUCUAUAUUGAUACAAGUAACUGAAUAUGGCAACAUAUUAAUUAGGACUCGCGAGUGGGAGAGAGAAAAAGAGAUGAUGUGAGAAAUUGGUUUCUUUCUUUGUUUUUUUUUUUUGGGCCACUCUCUCUCCAAAUAUGUGCACAAGUAUCGAAUGUAAUUUGCUGUUGGAUCCUC